AUGUUUUCUGUUAUUUUUCUUUUCUUUUGCAUCGGAGCUUCGGCUCGAGAUCAUCUGAAGUUUGACACUACUAUCAUCUGUAACGUCGAGGAGAACGAUACUUAUAAUCUCACCAUUGGAUGGUACGAAGUCGAUUUCUUCGGUGCCGAUAAUAUGAUUGAUCCAGUUCAUUAUACUCCAAACACCGGAAACUUCAGUUUCACAUUGAGUGGAAUCCAGCAAGGAGAUGAAGCGUUCUCAGAAGGAUACAAACCAAGAGCUGUUAUUCAUCACAAUUGUUUUGAUAACGAGGAGAAACAUAGGUUAACUCUGACGGUGGAUAGAAUCUGUGAAAUGGAACAUGACUGUCACUAUCGAAUCAUCAACAACAUAACGAACAAAAAAGGAGAUUUCAACAUCAAACCAGCCAACUUCACCUACGACGACUAUUCUCCAUUCCCGGAUUUCACUUCAGACAUUCACUGA